AUGACCAGUUCCAAUUACCACAUUCAACUGUUCCUCAUUAGGUCAGUCUUAGGGUGGGGGAUGGAGAAGUGCAGGAAGAGGAAGCAUAAGAAAUUCAGAGUUCCCCAAGAUUUUAGGAAAAUGAAAACAACUUCACAAAUCUUAAUAUUCUUUUCUCUCAGAACUCCUAGAGAUACUUCAGCUCUAAUGAUACAAAGAGCUUGGCUAUCUCAUAUGGACAAGACAAUAUUUCAACUCCUAAAGCACACAAUUUGUGCAGCGGAAUAUUGUGUGACACAUGAAAUACUGAAGAAUGUGAGCCCCUUAGAGGCUGAGCUUGUUAAAGAUCCUAGCAUGAAGUGUAAAGUUAGAUUCAGAUUUAAUGGUGAAACAUUUCCACCUCUUAUUAUGUUUAAAAUUUUUCUUCAUACUGGAGGCCACGGCUACAAGUAUUUCAGUGGAAAAAAUAUGAUACAGUCAUCAAGUAAGGCAUUAAGUGAUGCUUGCAAAAUAAUGGGUAGGAAGAAGUUUUAUGAACAAAUUUUGGAAGAUGAACGUCUUUCCCAGAAGUUCAAAAUAACUGAUGAAAUCGAUAUUGUCACUGUGCAAGAUUACAUGAAAUAUUCCAGUCUUCUGGAUAAGUCCCCUGCAUCUUCUGGUGGAAGAAAUAACUGUUGGAGAAGAUUAAGCCUCAAAAACAUCCCCAGGACAAUGAUAAUGUAUGACAUAUUGGAUUAUGCACAGUCUGGAGUAAUCUCAAACCGUCUACAAAAAGAAAUGAAGUAUCUAUUACAGAGACCACGGUCAGAACAGAUGCGUCAGAACCAGCUGCGGAUCGUUUCUGAAGUUAGGCACUCUUCAUCUCUAUCAAGUAGCCAUCGUUUACAUCGGCCCUCCCAACAGCAAAGUCAAAUUAAACAUCUGGGUCAUCGAUUAAAGCAAGUGCAAGGGAAAAUGAAAAAAACUCAUGAGAUGGGGAAAGAAGUAAAGACUUCUGUGGAUACUGAACCUCAGACAGACAGACCAGAUACAAGGCAACAAAAAACGGUUGUCUUCUCCUCCUCAUCUUUUGAAAUUGUGAAAUAUAAAGAACUCAAGCCAGAUGACAAAUUGGAAAAAUACAAAAAUGGACCAUUUUCCUGGUGUCAAGAAUUGUAUAUUCAUCGUUUUCCACCAUUUUAA